GUGAUCGCAUCGCUGAACGGCGUCCGCGGGUUCCUGGACGCCUCGGAAUUCGGGAACUGGCUCAAGUAUGUCCGGUCCUGUUGCGAUCCGGCCCUCCAGAACAUGAAGCCCGUCCUGGUCGCCGGACAGAUUUUCUACGAAGCAGACAGGGACAUCAACACAAACGAAGAACUGCUGUUGGGGAAGCGAGAGGCGAUCCUCCUGCAGCCCAGUUCCCAUGCCAAGGUCACGUCGGAUCCGGACACCGGCGAGAGCAGCCGGGAAGGGGCGAGCGACACGGAUCCCGAAGGCGACCUAGAGACGCCGAGGUGCCCUCUCUGUCCCGACACCUUCAGCGACCACGAGAGG